CCUUGAUAGGGUGGUUCUUCUUCUCUAGCUAGACAAACACUAGCAUACACUCGUGUUGCGAUCCGCUUCUCCUACAUAGACAGUGUGCAACACGUUGACAGACGUGACCCCUCAACCAUGUGGAACUGAUAGUGGGGGACAACAUCUCGAAGUCUCAGCUGUAACGUGUAGUUAGACGAGGUCGCAGACUGCCCUCAUAAUCCAGGGAUAAAACCUAGACAAACAAACUUAAAAUUGCUCCUCAUCGAACAACUGACAAAGAUGGGAUCGCAAGCAACUCUCAACAGUAUCCAGAAGGCCGUAUGGGACGGCAGACUUCCCUUACAGAUUAGACUUGCCCCAUCAGAAAGUCGCAUAUACGACCAGUCUGACCCGUAUCUUAUCUCUUACCCCCGAAUCUCUUAUCUGCCAUCCCUCCUGCCCAGACUGAGGGCCUUCUUCGCCUCUUCUCUGAUCGACCCCAGUUCCCAAGCCCAUGACGGGUGGUUCUCCUUCGAAGGCGUCCCGCUCAAAUGGCAUCUCCCUAUCGGCCUGCUAUAUGACCUCUAUGCGGGCGCUGACCCAGCAUCCAAGGGAACAGUCGAGCCGGAAGACGCAGGCUGGGACAUCGAUAACGAAGAUAGUCCACUACCAUGGCGUCUCGUCGUGCACUUCAGCGACUGGCCAGAUGAAGAACUAGUCCGACUGGACGCAGAGGGCAUGGUGAUGAACGACGCGUUCAUCAACAGCGUCAAGGAAGCGGAUUUCCUGCGAAACGGGACUGCAAAGGGCAUUAUGAGUCUGUCGAAGGAGGAUUCAUCUGGGCUAUGGAAGUCUGUACAGGAUGUGGAACUCCCCUCCUUCCAACGAAUUUCCAAUAUCCUCCUUCCACCUCCCAAUCAGCCUUUCCGGAACAUCCCAAUUCGCAUAUUCCUCCCCCUCCCGCCUGACUCGGGCUCGCCUUCUCUCAAGGUCGUCCAGUCCCCGGUCCCGCCGUCGAUACCUCCCUCCAGCGUGGCGGCUAGCCAAUUGACCCUUUCACGAAGUAGUACCACACCGCAGACGCAGACGAUAGGUACAGCCUUGCAUUCGCUACUACCGAACCUGUUUCCCAGUCGGAGGACGCCCGUGUUAGCGAAGCCCGUGCUCCACGGUGCGGCUGUGCCUAUGUCAGCGCCAGUGGAGGAACUGGUCAGGAGUUCGGCGUACGGGGAUGGUUGGUUGUAUGUCGUUGUGCGGAUGAUGGGGUGAUUGUUUUGUAUGUAUGGGCUAGAUCCCUAUGAUGAGUAUCGG